AUGACACCACUACGGCAGCUCCAACCAGGACCCAUUCCUCAGUGCCGCUUCAUGGUCCUCGAGAAGCGUCAAUCCCAAGAGAAAGAGAACGAAGACCUUUGGGUCGCAGACGAGACUGCCAGCAUUCUGCUGCUAGAUGUCCCCACCUAUCUUGGUGUAGAAGAAGGCGACCUCCUCAAAUUGCAGAAGGGCGAAGUGCUGCAGGACGAUUCUAGACUCUUCCUGCGAAUAGGACACGGCCAGUUGCAACGCGAUGGCUUUCUCACUUUGCUCUUCAAGGAGACGCCUAAUCUCAGCAUCAAUUGGGAAGCACUAGCGGCACAAGCACCGGUGCCGGCAGGACAUCGAUGCUUUCUCUGCGGGGCAGAGGACCACGCCGUCUUGGAGUGCAAGUACUUGCCACAGGGCGUGGUGAUUCGAAGUAACAAAUUGGAAAAUCUGGACAGGGCGCAGCGUCGCAGCUUGGUCGAGAAGGCCUUGGAAGCCAAAGGUCUUGCAGCGCCUGAAGCGGUGAGAUGGUACAAGAAGGAGACCUCGGGCGGUGGCCUGCUCUACGUGCGUCUGAACCACCCUCAGGCUGCGCAGGAGCUUAUCGCCAUGGAGGCCUUGGAGAUUGAUGGCGAGAAAGCGAAAGUCUAUGGCAUCUCAAAGGGACAGCCCGCGGCCAAAGUUGCCAAAGGGAAGGGAGAUGCAAAGGGAAAGUCCCGCGAACGGGAAGUGAAAAGUGACCAAGGGCCAUGCUUUCUGUGUGAUGGCACGGCUGGUGCACAUCAAGCGUUUCAAUGCCCAUUUUGGCGGCAGUGUGUUCAGGUCAAGGGCGCAGCAGAAGAGGAUCGUGAUGAGAUUUGGGCGAUGUUGCAACAGCGCAACGCGGAACCGUUGACGCUGAACUUCUCAAAGGCCUCUCAGCUCUUCAUGGCACGCGUGGGCAGUGUGAGGCGCGAACUCUCUGCAGCUUGGGGCACCGCGGAGACUUCAGGCCAGCUGGUGCCAAGAUCCAUGGAAAGGGCUGGCUGUUGA